AUGGUCUACACCCUCCUCGUCAACGUCAAAGUCAAACCCGAACGCACCGACUCCGUCCGCACCCUCCUCGCCAAAGCCUCCUCAGUUUACACGCAAGACAAGGGAACCCUCUCGUGGUUCGUCAUGCAAUCCGCCAAGACACCAACGGAAUUCGCGAUCGUCGAGCGAUACGAAUCGAAAGCGGAUUUGCAGACGCAUAUCAAGAACCCGUUUUAUGCCGAGUUUGGGAAGACUGUGGGCCCGUGGUUGGAUGGGGAGCUGAAUAUUCAGCAUUUCGAGGAGAUUUCAAGGUUGUAG